UGGCUGGUCAGUUCUGUGUUUGCGCGCGAUUAGGAAGGUUUGUUUAGGAAAGUGUUCGGACUCGGAAGCCACCAGGCAGUUAGACGCGACUCGGUUUCAGACGGGAAAGUGCACUUUCUUCGUGCUGCUUCGUCCUAAGUAAUUCUAUAUACUUCAAGCCAUAAUCACAACGAGCCAAAUGUUAACGAACCGUAACAUCUAAACCACGCACAGGCUAAUAACUACUCUGCCGUAGCGCUACGCAAUUCUGUCCCCAAACCACGAUCAAACUAAUCGCAUCUGAUUGCUGAUCCCAUCGGAAGAUGGAUCUUCCGAUAUUAGCUCAGGUGGAGAGCAUUGCAAAUCGUUUUCAUUCGUUGAAAUCAUCAUCAGUUGGAAAUGAUGAAACCGCUGGCGGUAUCGUUCUCAAGAGCAAAGCCAUGGUCAAAACCGAUCUGAACAACAACGUUGAAGAGAAUGCCGCUCUGGAGGAUCUUUCCGGCGAGACGUACGAGAUUCGUCCAUUUUACGAUGGAAAGAAUAUCUUUGUGACCGGAGGAACGGGAUUCCUUGGAAAGGUGCUGAUCGAAAAGUUGCUACGCAGUUGCGAUGGGAUCAAGCACAUCUAUGUCUUGCUCAGACCAAAGCGAGGGUUGACAAGCGAACAACGCUACCGGGAGUUCAUCAAGCAUCCGGCAUUCGAUAGGCUACGAAUGAAGACGCCCUUUGUCUUGGAGAAGAUGAUCUGCAUCGGUGGCGACAUCACGAUGCCCCAGCUGGGAUUGUCCGAAAAAGAUAUGCAGCUGCUGAUUGAGAACGUGAACAUUGUGUUUCACGUAGCUGCGACCGUUAGGUUCAAUGAAGGACUCAAGGAAGCAGCUGUGCUGAACGCUAUUGGGACUCAGCGAAUGCUGGAUCUUUGCGUGAAAAUGUUUCAAUUACAGAGCGUAGUCCACGUCUCGACCGCCUACAGCAACCCAUGCAGGCGCGAUGUCGACGAAGUGGUUUACCCACCGACGAUGAAUGCCGACUCGUUCAUACAGUGCGUCAACAUCCUUCCGGGGGAUGUGAUCAACGCACUGUCCGAGAAGCUGCAAGGCUCCCACCCGAAUACGUACACCCUGACCAAGUCGAUUGCCGAACAGCUGGUGUCCGAGUAUAGUAACCGGUUGCCAAUCUGUAUUGUGCGGCCGUCGAUUGUAACCGGAUCGCUGAAGGAGCCGUUUCCGGGAUGGGUGGAUAAUGUCUACGGGAUCACUGGUAUUAUGAUGGAGAUCGGACGAGGAACGAUCAGUAGCAUCAUGUGCGACCAGGAUUGCGUCAUGGACGUUAUUCCAGUAGACAUUGUUUGCAACACUCUUAUCGCAGCUGCUUGGGAAAAUUCUAUAACCACGUCUAAUCCAAUCCGAGUGUACAACUGCACUUCCGGUCCGAUCAACCCGAUCAAGUGGUACAAAUACGGCGAAAUCACCCAGAAGUGGGCUAUCAAGAACCCCACUAAGUACGUGAUGCUGUAUCCGGGCUUCCAGUAUCGCACCAAUCGAAUAAUCCACAAAAUCGUCGAACUGUUCCUGCACUUCCUGCCCGCCUACCUCUUCGAUAUAAUAAUGCGACUGCAGGGAUCGAAGCCCAUCAUGGCGAAGAUUGCGAAACGUUUCCAGAAAGCGGCGGACACCGGAGAGUUCUUCGCGAUGCACCAAUGGGACUUCAAAGCGGACAAUUUAAGACAGUUGAUGCGCAAAGUUCAACGCGCGAAGGAUGGCCUCGACUUUGAUUUCGACAUGACCAACAUGAACUGGGACUCGUACCUAGAGAAGUACAUGCUCGGAAUUCGCAAGUUCGUACUGAAGGAUGAUCUCGACAGUAUGGAGAAGGCUCGCCGGAAGAUACGACAACUGUACUGGAUUAGAGUGUUUCUAGUGAUCGCAGUGCUGAUGUUAUUGUAUCACUUUUUAUUAAAAAGGAUAUUCAUCUGAAAGAAUGUUUGCCGGUGAUGGUGAACAUUUUAUUAGUUUUAUUAUUGAACAAUUUUAUCAUAAAAAAAAUCCCAUAGUGUUUCGAACAGCAUAUUUUAGCAAUGCUAAGAUUUUUUGCACAUCAUCUAAUUAAAUGUAGUGUACCAAAUGUCAAUAUUAUCAUCUAAAAUAAAUACACAUCUUUCGAUAAAAAAAAA